AAAGUUUGAAGCUGGGAGGAAGGGUGUGCGCGAUGGUCUAGUUCCCGCGCGGAUGCUCGGUUGGAGAGCGCGAGUAGGCGUCCGCGGGGCUGCCUCUCGUCUGCCGAGGAUCUCCGAAGCGCCUGCCCUCUUCCUCCAAGUCGCUUGCCUGGGCAUGCCCGGGCGUGCAAGGUAGGCGUCGCCGGCGUCAUCGCGUGCCCUGAUGAUAAUGGAGUGUCUUGUGUCUUCUAAAAGAGCUGAGAAUGCAUCGUCUGAACAAGAGGAAAGUGAAGAUGACGUUGAGUUUGUUGGGGAAGCUGUGUUGAGACCAGUCUUGGACUGCAUUGAACUUAGCAGCGGUGACGAAGACGGUAGCAGUUCUUCUAAUGUAAAUGCAAAACGCAAAGACUACGUCGAUUAUCAGAAGGAAAAGGUUGCUUCCACACUAGACCGCUUGGCACGUCAUGUAGAGGUAGAGAAACAACUGAAAGAAGAGAAAAAUAAAGCUUUCAAGGAAAAACUGGAUUUGCAACAUGCUCACGGACUGCAAGAGCUGGAAUUUAUCCAGGGACAUAGUGACACAGAAGCAGCAAGGCAGUGCGUGAACCAGUGGCUGAAAAUGCCAGGUCUCAAGCCAGGCACUGUAAACUCUGGAAGGAGAGCAUUACCUCAGAGAUCAGACCAAAUACAAUCUGACAGUAAAUCCAUUUUAUGCCCAAUAAUGCAUUGCUACAGAAAAUUUGACAACAGGCAUCUUCUCCUGGGCCACCUUCAGAGGUUUGAUCAUUCUCCAUGCGAUCCAUCAAUUACACUACAUGGAUGUCCAGCUGAUGCAUUUGCCUGCAUAGUCUGCAACAGAAGAUUCCCCACGUCUCAGCAGUAUAAUGAGCACGUUUCUUCUAAGGCAAGUGAAGGUGAUGGCCAUGAAAAGAAAUACCCUCCUCAGCAUAUUCAGUGCUUUGCAUGUCCAUGUUGCUUUCUCCUUUUUAGCAUGAGAGAUGAGUGUCUGCAGCAUAUGUCUGAAAAGAAUCACUUCUCUCAGGCUUUUAAACUCAGUGAUAAAGCAACACAACCACAACCUUUGCCAUUCCCAACUUAUGCAAAGAAUCUUCUGAUCUCCUUGUGCAAAGAAAUCCCGUUCCAAGUGAAGUGCACAUCCUGCCAUCAGGUGUUGCGUUCUCAUGUGGAGCUAACAGCACACUUCAGAACUCGUUGUCGUGAUGCUGGCCCAGUGACUCUGUCAAAGAAGCGCAUCUGCCAAGUCGCCGAAGUAUUUAAAGCCAAAGGUUUCUGUCACACCUGUAGCGAGCUGUUUAUCAACGACACCCAUAUCCGUCAGCAUAUUUCUAAAACCCUACACAAGGUUAAAGUAUUCACCACGAUGGAAGAAUCCAUCUUGACAGUAUGCCAUGUCAACGAAAAGAAUAAAAGUGCCUCUCAUCUACAGAAGAAUAGCAGCUUUUUAAAAUCUUCUCCUCUGAAGAGACCUUCGGACUCGAUUGAAUCCGUUGGUGAUGAGAAGAAAACAGUUUCAAAACGAAUAAAGGAUUCGGAAGGCAGAAGCCAAGAGGUUAGCAGUGCUCCAGCCGUCAAAACCUGGGUGUGUCAGUGCGAGCUGGCAUUUCCUUCUGAGGAGCUGGUAGAAAACCACAUUUUUUCCGAGAACAGAAUCUGCCGCAAAUGUGCAGUGUGCGGCAAGCUUGCGGAAAAUGCAAGCGUCAUCCGUUUGCACAUGAGCCGGUUCCAUGGAGGAGCUCACUUGACUAAUUUCGUCUUCUGGUGUCAGGUCUGCAAUGUAGCUCUUCAGAAAGUAGAUGACGUUAAGGCCCAUGUGACAGAAUAUCAUGGUGUGCACAGCUUUUACCGUGAGGAUGCUGCUGCUGCUGCUGAGGAUGCUACAGCUGAGGAUGCUACAGCAUCUUCUGGUGCACUGUACGGUAGUUCACUUGAACAGAAAGACCGAACUCCUAGCCCUAUGGAGCAGUCUCCACCUUUGAGCCCCAUGGAUGUGUCAAUGUCUCACCAAUGGCAGUGCUGCAUGUGCGAGGAGCUCUUUGACUCUGAAGACAGCGUGAAGCAGCACUGUGUGUCAUUAGAGAGCCACCACUUCCACAGGUACAGCUGUGACUUGUGCAAAAUGACAUUCCGGAAGAACGAAACUUUCCAUCGACACUGUCAGGAUAAGCAUAACGGUGUCAUAAAGGUCAAAUACUUCUGUGGCUUUUGUGGCGACCUGUUUUUUGAUGCCGAGGAGAAGUUCUUGCUUCACUUCAAGGGCUUCCAUAGCACAGAUUACAUAUGCGUGUCUGAGGAAGCGGGGACAUCGAUCAAGAGUACCGAAAUAGUAGAAGAGAGCAAUCGUCUGAACUGUGGUUGUCGGGAGAAAUACUUGAGCAAAGAGAACAGGAAGGCAGAUUACAAGAGGUGUCAGAAGGCCUUGCUGGAGAAGGGCAACUUGUGGUUCCGUUGCACCUUGUGCUCCUCAACAGCGCAGAGCUUUCCUGACGUGAUGGCUCAUCUCAUGACACACUCGGAGCAAAAACCUGACCAAGAAUUGUACAUUGUGAGGUGUGGAGCAUGCAACAAAAACUUCAACGAUAUUGGAAUUGCCCACCAGCACUUUCACAGCAAGCACUGCUUCCCACAAAAGCCCCAGCUAGCCCCAACUCAAGCAGGAAGUGACGUCUUCCAGAUUUCCCCCGGUGGAUCCUGUGUAGACAAAAAGCCUGAAAACCUAAUGCUUUCAGAAGACAAGACUGCAGCAAGUGCUUCAGAGAAGAGGCGGCCAGGAGAGCUACCCAAGGAGCAAGUUAAGAAGCCACAUUCUGAAGAGCUUGGUCUAGAUUACAGAGAUCUACCUGAUCUUGAUUACUUGUGUACCAUGACUCAUAUUAUUAUGAUGGAUUUGGAUAACUGGGGAAACCUUUUCCAUCAGUUGCCUGCUACCCUUAACCAAGGAACUUUUAUCUGGGGUUUUCAAGGUGGGCACAACAACUGGAAGCCACCUGUGAACUGCAAGAUUUUUAACUACCUUAACAAGAUUGGGUGUUUUUUCCUCCAUCCACACUGUGGUACAAGGAGAGAGGCUGCUGACUUUGCAAUCUGUGUGCAUGUGGGCCGUCUGGAUGAGCAUCUACCAAAGCAUAUUCCUUUCACUAUUCUUUCGGGAGACAAAAGCUUUCUAGAGCUUGAGGAUCAGCUUAAGAUGACUCAGCGGACAACUCGCAUUCUAGAUCCUCAUAAGAUUGAUGCCGAUAUGAUGUAUGCCUUAUUGAACAGCAUUUCUGAUACAGCCAAAGAAAAUGAAGUGGUAGAUACUCGAAUGGCAGUGGAGCAGGUUUCAGAAGUAACGAAGGACCAAAACGAUGCAGAGGAAGAUGCAGCUUUUCAAGAGGCCAUCAAGCGAAGCAUGGAAGAGAUGUGACGAUGGCUUGAUACCAGUGCACGAAAAAGCAAAUAAGCUGGCUCCCAAGUAGUUGAAAUUUGUUCAUCGUAUUACAACGAUUAAAAAAAAAGUACAGGUUAACAUUUCACAGUCUCAAUGCACUUUAAGAACUGAGCUCUACUGACACAUCUAAGCAUCAUAAACUGCAGUGGAACUUGAGUACCCUUAACUGGAUUUCAGUUAUCCCACAUAUUUGUCUCGGUGAUAUGCAGUAUACAGGUGUGGUAUGGGACAGCAUAUUUAAGAGGCUCAAAAACGUAGUUCCACUGUGUGACAGGAUGGCUUAAGCUUUAGUUUCUUAAAACUAUCUGGUUUGUAAACUAGGCUUGCCUUUUUUGUUUUAUUCUUUCUCUUCCUCUCCCUGGCUUUCAUUUUUGGAUGUUAAUGUUUCUUUCCUGUUGUACAUGCAUUUCUAGCAUAAACAUUGCAACAGAUACGUACUGAUUCCUCAUUUUCUUUUACUGUCUUACCUUAAGGGGAAAAUUAAGUAGUACUGCAAUCUCCAGUGCUCUGGCAAACUUGUGAUGGGUCUCCACUGUGACUUUAAGAAGUGAAACAAAAGUUUGAGGACCUAGUUGUUUUCUUUCACCUUUAUCUUUGUAUGUACUUUCUAUGUUUUGAGAGCGAACGUGGCACCAAACUGACUGGGCUAUAGGUGUAUAUUAUGCUUCCUGUCUUACUAAUAGUACAGCAAAUUAUUUUCUCUCCCCCCCCCCCAUGUUUUAAAUCAUCUUAAUUCAGAAAGGCAAACCCUUUCGACAUUCCUACAUGGUUAAUUGUGGUUAUUUUUUUGGAACAUAAUUUUGCGUUUGUGCAUAAUUAAAAUAUUGGUUACUUUU